UUCACCAUACAGGGUGUUGCUACAGCGUGUGGUGCACCACGGUCAUCUAAAACUUUCAUUCAGUCCAUUCUGCACAUCAUAUACAGGAAUGUGCGUGUGGACAUCCGCUAUGCCUUGAAUGCCAGCUUCCACUUUGAUGAUGAGAUGUUUGUUCAAGGAAAGAAAAUCAUCAUUGAGGGAAUACAGGCGGUCAAAGCAAGCAACAAGCUGGAGAAUUAUGAAGCAGCGAGGCAGAACCUGGGAGAAAUUCUGCAUCCUUUGCAGGAUUUCUACAGUCACAGCAACUGGGUAGAACUGGGAGAAAAAAGCCCCAACUCCAAUCUAAUCAAAUCUGGCGCCAGCAUUGGGAACAUAGCAGCUAAGAGCAGGGCAACCUGCCGCAGCUGUGACGGCAACAACUGCAGGAACAACAUUUUGGAGGAUAUCAUAGCGGAGAAGAUCCUGACGUCUGGAUACUUUAGUCUCAACUUCAUAUUUGCAACAAAACCAAAGGGAAAAUGCAGUCAUGGAGGGACAGUUGAUCAGACAAGUAAGAUUGAGCCUACAGGUGGGAUCAACAAAGACAAAGAGAGUUCCAGCCACGGAUAUCUCCACACUCAAGCUGCAAACAUGGCAAUAGCUGCAACCAGUGAGCUUCUAGAGGACAUUCGAGGGGCUGCCGGUGACCGACCAUUCUUGCAGAUGAUGGGUCUCUUUAAAGGAUCCAGUAAAGCUCUUUGUUUUGUCAUCGACACCACAAGCAGCAUGAAGGAUGACAUUGCAACAGUGAAAACUGUCACUUCCACUAUAAUCAACCGCAACGUGGGAACAGCCAAUGAGCCCUCGCUGUACAUUCUUGUACCAUUUAAUGAUCCAGGCUUCGGACCACUGACAAAGACGACAGACUCAGCAGUUUUCCAGAAUGCGAUUGAUUCUCUUGUAGCCACUGGUGGAGGAGAUCCGCCGGAGAUGAGUCUCUCAGGGCUUCAGCUGGCUUUAAGCGCUGCUCCAUUGAAUUCUGAGAUCUUCCUCUUCACGGACGCAGCCGCUAAAGACAAAAACCUGAAGAGCACAGUGAUCGCACUCAUAGAGAGGACCCAGUCGGUGGUCAACUUUAUGAUAACUGACACUUCAUCAGUCAAUAGUCGGAAGCGGCGUGCUCCAUCCAAUAGGAUAGCAGAAGCUGACGCUCAGCUGUACAGAGAUCUGGCUCAGGCUUCAGGAGGCCAAGCUAUUGAAAUCACAAAGAGUGAACUUCCUCAGGCCACAGUCCUCAUAAAGGAGUCCUCCAACGCCUCUCUGGUGACCCUUCUUCAAGCAGCCAGGAACCCAGGAAAGGCUGAAAACUUCACUUUUAUGAUUGACGACUCGGUAACAAAUCCUACAGUUUACAUUACUGGGAAAUCCAUCACUUUUACUCUCAUCAGUCCCACAGGUGAAUCUCAGGGUAGCAGUGACACAACGGGGUCACUGAUCAUUACAUCCCAGUCGGUGGGAAACUUCCAGUCACUGCAGCUAAAAAAACAAACUGGAAAAUGGGAAAUGAGAAUGGUGUCAAGUAACCCCUACACUGUGAAGGUCAUAGGUAAGACUGGCAGUCGAUACUUUUGUUUCUUAUCCCUGGGGCCUUGAGGUAUAGGUUUGAAUGAACUAAUAAGCUGUCAGAAUGGAUGUACUAAAUUACCAUUACAACAAAGUUUUUAAAAAAACGAAUAGAGUUUGCAUCUAGUUGAUGUCUGGCGUUAAAUGUAGAUAGGAAAGCAGAAAGGUAGGGGGAUAACAUGCAAGCAGUUUUAGAUG